AUGCAGGUUCAAGAGGCUCGGAACCAACAAUGGCAGAGGCAAUCCGACCAUCAAGAGGUCAUCAGCAAUCCCUCGAUCCACACAAGCGAUCUUCGGUCUUUGCAAGCCGUUGAAGAAUUUCAUGUCGCCGCAAGGGUCCUAUGCCAGUUGCGCGAUGCCAUAUCAAAUUACAAUGGCGAGAUCGUCCGAUCUUGUCCAAUGAGCUUUACUAUUGCUGCUAGAAGUGCGCCAAGCGGCGCUGCUGGUGGACGUCUUGGCCCGUUGGUUCAGCCUAUUCGAGCAUCUUGGCCACUAGCUGCAGAAAAAGGCGCCAUGGAUAUCCACACGCUAUAUUCAUACGCUCACGAUGAAGAAGAGGAGGACCCGUUGACGGAGGGUAUGCCCAGGACCGAUGCCACCAAUGAACAGGCCUACGAGACCAGCCUCUUCGAGGUACAAGCGCGGUACUGGGCAUGUACCUUUCCUGGUCUAUUCCAGGGAAUGCCCCAGAAAUCACCAGGCAGUGUCGAUAGAUUCAACACCAAGAUUCCUGCAUCCCUCGAGCGUGCGACAGCUUGA